AUGGAGUACUUCUCUGAAACGACUAAUUCAUCAAUAUCAACUAGCUCAUAUUAUCGUCAACCCUUUAUUUCUAAAGAUAAUGAUAUUGAGGGUAACAAACCCCUCGACCUUUUCCCAAACGAGAAGCAAAAUGAUCUUGAGCCUCUUCCACUAAUAAGCUGCUUACUUCGUUCACCUGAACAACCUGCAUAUGAAAACCCUAAAGCGUGCAGUAAUCUUGAAGUAAUUGAUCAUAAUGAAGAUGUUACUGUGGCUUUGCACAUUGGUCUUCCAGAAUAUUCACCGGAUCAUUAUGGGUUCAUCAUGGAUUCCAACGGAACCCCUGAUCCAAACGACGUCGCAGCAGCCGAGAAGUACUGGAUUCCAACUCCGGAACAAAUUCUCAUCGGCUUCACUCACUUUUCCUGCCAUGUCUGCUUCAAGACAUUCAACCGCUAUAACAAUCUUCAGAUGCAUAUGUGGGGGCAUGGAUCACAAUAUCGAAGAGGGCCGGAGUCGCUGAAAGGAACGCAGCCACGAGUGAUGCUUGGGAUUCCAUGUUAUUGCUGCGCAGAAGGAUGCAAAAACAACAUAGAGCACCCGCGAGCCAAGCCUCUCAAAGAUUUUAGGACGCUCCAAACUCACUACAAAAGGAAGCAUGGCAUGAAGCCCUUCACGUGUCGCAAAUGUGGCAAGUUGUUGGCCGUCAAAGGUGACUGGAGAACCCACGAGAAGAACUGCGGAAAGCGCUGGCUUUGCGUUUGCGGUUCUGAUUUCAAGCACAAGAGAUCCCUCAAAGACCACAUCAAAGCAUUUGGUUCUGGUCAUAGCCCCUAUGGUUUCACCAUUGAUAUCUGCAUCGAUCCCAAUGACGAAAUCGAUGACGAAACAGAAGAGGAAAUCGAAACGGAAUUCAAUGGAGAACCCGAUGAUGAAAUUGAUGUUAUCUCUACUCGUACGAGAAAGCUAUCAUUUAGUUCUGGUUCAAAAUCCAAAUCCGCUCAAUCUCCGCCGAAUGUUAAGGCAUCUCCCCGAACUCCUUCAGUGGCAUCUAUUCCGAAAAAAGCACAGGUUGCUGCGGAAAAUCAUUUCGAAAAGCCAGCAUGUUAUUUAGGUGACUCAAGAUCUAUAGUUCAAUAUUUAGAGGAAGUUCAUAUCCGCGAUGCUCGUUUAAGUGAAGUACUAGAGGGGUCAGAACCUGACUCUGAUGCGGAGGAAGAAAUUUACUCUCAAGUUUUAUCAAGUGAAAUGUAUGAAAAAUAUGGUUUCAAAUGUGGCAUAGGUCAUGUACUAAGAAAAGCGCCACAAGCUCGCAAAUCUAGAUGGUCAGGAUAUGAAAAGCUUGAAAAUGAAGUUCAGAAAAACAAACGUCGUAUGUUGGAUAUGGAAAUUCUAAUGAAGCAACAACAUGAGUUUAUUCAAAAGCUACUUCAACAGAUAAAUCUGCCAUCAGAUCAUCCCGGACCUUCCGUCCCAAGAAGAGAAGAUCCUCCACUGCCGGCCUCAGUUUGUUAG